AUGUCAUCUUUAACAAAUUGCACUAGAUUACAAUGUCUUCUUGUUAACGGGAAUCUUCUCAAAGGUUCAUUGCCCGACUUCAUAGCAAAUCUCUCAAUUGGGCUUGACCGGAUGGUUCUAGGGGGGAAUCAACUACAUGGAAGUAUUCCUUCGGGUAUUGGGAACCUCCUCAAUCUCACUGUCUUAAGUAUGAGAAGUAAUUAUUUCUCAGGCUCUAUUCCCGGUACCAUUGGCAGACUUCGUAAGUUGCAGUAUCUUGAAUUAGAUAUGAACAAAUUCACCGAACUGCCUUCUUCAAUAUUCGGAAAUAUAACUGCACUAAACCGUCUACUCUUGGGAAAAAAUAAUAUCCACGGAAGCAUACCUUCGAGUCUGGGCAACUGUCAAAACUUGUUAAAAUUAGAUCUUUCUCAUAAUAAUCUAUAUGGUUCAUUACCUCUUGAAAUUCUAAAUCUUUCAUCCAUUUCAAUUUCCUUCAAUUUGGGCUAUAAUUCGUUGACUGGUUCUCUUCCAUCGGAAGUUGGGUCUUUGAAAGUACUCAAUCUUCAGCUGAGGGGAGCUUUAAAGAGCUUCAUGUUAGAAUGCAAAGCACUUCAAACCAUAAGGCAUCGAAAUCUUUUGAAGGUAUUAAGUGCAUGUUCUAGCAUAGACUUCCAUGGUAACGAAUUCAAAGCUAUAGUAUAUGAAUUCAUGGCCAAUGGAACAUUAGAUGGAUGGCUGCAUCAAAAUAGAGUUGGGGAGCAUGAGUACCUAAAAAUGAUUCAGAGGCUAGACAUUUCUAUUGAUGUUGCUUCUGCACUUGAGUACCUUCAUUGUGGUUGUGAGUCAAAAAUCAUUCAUGGUGACUUGAAGCCAAGUAAUGUCCUUUUGGAUGAUACAAUUGUAAAAUCCUGA